AUUGCUUGGCUUAACAUAUGUCAAAAGCAGCUGAUUCUAAACUUGAUUGUUGGGCGUUUAUUCUCAAAACAUAUUAAAUAGAAUUUUUAAAAGUUAUAUUUUUAUUAUAAUCGAGAACUAAACUGACAUAACGUUAAAAAAUGCUUGUGCUUGUACUUGGUGAUUUACAUAUACCCCAUCGCUGCAGUAGUUUACCAGCAAAAUUUAAGAAAUUACUUGUGCCAGGUCGUAUACAUCAUAUACUAUGCACCGGAAAUUUAUGUACGAAGGAGUCAUACGAUUACUUAAAGACUUUAGCCAAUGACGUACAUAUUGUACGUGGUGAUUUCGAUGAAAAUCUCAGUUAUCCAGAGCAGAAAGUUGUGACGGUUGGUCAAUUUCGUAUUGGGCUGUGCCAUGGUCAUCAAGUGGUGCCGCGUGGCGAUCCAGAAACUUUAGCAUUAAUUCAACGUCAGUUAGAUGUUGAUAUAUUGAUAUCAGGACAUACAUAUAAAUUCGAAGCGUAUGAACACGGUAAUAAGUUUUAUAUCAAUCCAGGCUCAGCGACAGGUGCGUUUAAUCCUAUGGACACUCGCGUAAUACCAUCUUUUGUACUAAUGGACAUACAAAGCUCUACAGUUGUAACGUACGUAUAUCAGCUCAUUGGCGAUGAAGUUAAAGUUGAACGCAUUGAGUAUAAAAAAUUAUAAAGAUCAGCUGAUAUAAUUGAGUCCACAUUUCUGGAAAAUGGAAAACAAAUUAAUAUUUUUUGAAUUUGCAUUGCUGAUGAUGGAUGUGAGCUACAUUCGACUGCAAUUUGCAAUUUGUAUUAUGAAUUUCAAUUAUUAAUUUAAUUAUUAAGUAUCUACCAUACGAUUUCAAAAUUAUAUUUAAUUUCGCAUUUUAUUUUUAUGUUCAAUAUUGUAAUUAAAGUCUACAUAUAUUUAUUACGAAUUUUUUUAAAUGGAAAAUAAUCUUGUGGUCAUUCCUAUAAAUAUCUAUUGCUCGACUAACAAUCGAAAAUGCUGUAUACUGUUAAAAUAUAUUCCGCCGAAUAAUUUUAUUGUGUUAUUAAAAACUGA